AUGAAUAUUUAUCUAUCCGGUUCUCAGACGAACGAAGGGAUAUUUCGCUCAGCUCGAUCAAUGUUUGGAACAUUUUAUUGGUUUGUAAAUUUUAGUGUACAAGAGUUUCUUAAUCGUACUCAAAAACUUUCUCUAUUAGAAAGGUUCAAAACUGAAAUUGAGUUUUACUCAGCAAACGGAAAUAUUCUUUUUCCAAAACAUUAUAAGCAGAGAAAACAAUUAAGACAAUCACAAUAUGUAAUUCCAGGAAAUUAUAUACUGAAUGUAGAAACAAUAACAAAAGUAAUUUUUCAAGCAAAAAAUGACGCUGCUGAUCUACUUUUUCGAUUCAAAAUUCAAAAUUGUCUUGAUACAAAAAAAAUAAGAAAUAUCAAAGCAGUCAACAACUGCAUGAAAAAUUCAUUAAUAAAAAGAAUAAGUAUUCGAGAUUAUUCUGACUUAAAAGAAGAGGACGAAUCAUCAGUUUCGAAGAAUGACUUAGAUGAAAUGUUAGGAUCAGAAAGUGAUGUUGACAGAGAAGAUCAACAGUAUGAAACAUCAAAUAUCUUGUCGGAUGGAAUAUACGAUGAUUUAGAUGGAAUCAAAUAUCUUGUCGGAUGGAAUAUACGAUGA